AUGGACCAUAAAAGCCCUCAAUAUAUAUUCAAGCAAAGGGAACUGAAUUUGAGACAGCGAAGAUGGCUCGAAUUGCUAAAGGCUUACGAUGCUGAAAUUUUGUAUCACCCUGGCAAAGCUAAUGUUGUUGCUGAUGCUCUAAGUCGCAAGUCAAUGGGUAGCCUAUUGUAUCUGCCAGUGGAAAAGUUGGAAAUGACUAGAGAGCUUUACCGCUUAGCAAAUUUGGGAGUUCGCCUGCUGGAUUCAGAAGACAUUGGGAUUACCUUAAAAAAUAUAUCCCAAUCGAAUCUUGCCUCGGAUGUAAAGGCUCAGCAGAAUGAAGAUCUAGUUUUAGCUAGCAUUAAGGAAGGAGUGCAACAAAAUCGGAUCUCAGCCUUUGAACUGGAUUUAAAUGGGUUCUCAAAUAUCAAGGCCGUUUGUAAAGAUCAAACAUCAGAAACCCAGUGGCUUAUUACAAGAAAUGGAGAUCCCAGUGUGGAAAUGGGAAGUGAUUAA